AGGAGGGAUUCGGAGCGGCACACAGAGCCUCUCUGUUCUCAGCUCUCACUUCGCCGUAGCUCCUCUGCUUAGGCAGCGCCGACCCGAUCCCUCUCACUGCACAAGAGCUGAAAAGACCCUCUUGUUGUAUUCAAGCGGCACACUGGACCUCUCAGUCUGAACGAAACUGGGUGAGAGCUGACGUCUUGCAGAAAAAGGCAGGGAGACCAGCUUUCAGAGGGGGAGAAGCUGGGUCGAGGCUGGAGGGACUGACUGAAGAAUGGAAUGGAACCUCAGAAGGAUGGAAAGUGAACUGAGGCACAUCAACCCAGACCUGCUGCAGCCCAGCAAGAGCUUCAAGAAGCCCUCCUCAGGCACCAUCACCCUCAAUGUAGGGGGGUUUUUGUACACCGCCCACAGGACAACCCUUUCCAAACACCUGGGGUCUUUUCUGGAAGAGCUGGCCAAUGGGAAAAAGGCUGUCCAGCACACCGACUCUAUGGGCAACCCGUUCAUCGACAGGGACGGCCCCGUUUUCCGCCAUGUGCUCAACUAUCUCAGAACCGGAGAGCUCCAGCUGCCUGACGACUUCAGGGAGGCGGGGCUCCUUCGACGGGAGGCAGAUUUUUACCGACUCAGCGAACUGGUGGAGGCCGUGACCGAGUGGGAAAACCAGAGAGCGGCUCAGCGAGAACCCGCCUUCCUGGAGGUGACGGACAGCCACGAGAGAUCGCAGGGCCUCAAGGUGUACUGCAGCGACUCAGGCUUCAUUGAGAAGGUCAAAACGCGGCUGGUGCAGAUUUCCAAGAGUCGGCUCGACGGCUUUCCGGAGGAGUUUGUCGUGUCCUCGAACGUGAUCCAGUUCAGGCACUUCAUCAAAUCAGAGCCCGGCUCGCGACUCGUCCUGAAGGAGGACAGCACGUUCCUGUGCACGCUGGACUGUCUGAAACUGGAAACAGUGAUGCUGGCACUGAAAUCGGGCUUCAAGCUGGUCACCGCGCUAGACAGCAGCAAGGGCUCGGUGGUGGCAGCUGAGGCCCUGCACUUUGUGAAAUAGGAGGAGGGAAAAUAAGACGGGGAGGGGUUAGGUGUGUUGUCAAACAACCAUGAGGUAUUGGUUUGAAAGUCUUAUAAGUCGAUGUUCUUUGUAGUUUGAUAGAAGACAGAGAAAUAUUGGCGUGCCGCUGGGUGGGAAGUGUUUAUAUAUUCACUACACAGCAGGUGUGGCCUGGUAUGUGAUUCUCCUGAUGACUACAGAGUGAAAACACAUUGGUUUUAUGGUAAUUUCCCAAAAAACCUGCAAAAGUGAUCAAUAAAAGGAAAAUAAUGUCAGCUAUAACUUUGAUAAUUAAAAAUGGGCUUAAAUCAGAAUAUUGUCCCUUUUGCUUUAAACAAAUUGAUAGUAAAUGGUUAAAUCAUUGGGCUCUAAUCAAUUAGGCACCUGGCAGCUGCUUAUCAGGUGUUCCUCAUAGUUUAAAUGUUUCCCUAAUCAUUGGUGGUGCUCCAUCCCAGGACUGUUUGUGUUAUCAGGGUGGAAACUUUUUUAAACACUGAAUAACUUUCUCUUACUUGCAGAGAAAGGAUCAGUUUCUAAGCCUUUAAUCAGACAGCUAACUGUUUUUAACUGAGAAAAAGCCACUUUCACUUUAGCACGUUCUCUGGCAUCUCAUUAAAGGUCGUUAACAGAGUGUUGUUGGAUGAAAUAUUUU